AUGGUCCCGGGUGAGAGUGCCGAAGAGUAUGAUGGACUCCUAGAGAGACCACUAGAACGCUCAGAAGUACAGGAAGGUGUGCGAAAAUCCGGAGGUUCUUCACAACGAGCUAUAUGGACUUUGCUACUUCUUCUAGUCUUCACGCAUAUGGCUAAUCGGCUUUAUGAUCUCCCGCUGAACCGCGUCAUAGAAAUGCGGUUAUGUCAAGACCAUUACACGCAACAUGAUCCAAACAAAUUAGGGCCUGGUGGUUCCGUGCCGGAAAAGCUAUGCAAGAUUGAUCAGGUACAGCAAAAGCUGGCGUGGCUACAAGGUAUCAUGGAGGCAACUACGAUCACUUGUGACUUCAUUGUGACGAUUCCAUUCAGCUUCCUGGCGGAGAAGUUUGGCGUUCGACUCGUGCUGUGGCUCAACAUGGCUACCCGACUCUUCAUGUGCUCUUGGGUUCUAAUCGUAGGCAACUUUGAUCAUAUAUUCCCAACAAAAGCCAUUAUCGCGGGUCCAUUUCUGAGCAUUCUUGGUCACGAAUGUGUUUUCUCAUCCACUGUAUACGCGCUCACGGCAACAUUGACUCGAGAAUACGUACAAAGCGCUUCCUACUUUUCAUACAUAGGCUCCGCAACCUACGUCGUUUCCUUCUUGGGCCCAUCGCUAGCUUCCGUCACUAUGAGUCAGAGUCUUUGGUUGCCCUUCUGGAUUGCAAUCGCUCUGCUACUAUUGGCAAGUUUAACGAUCUACUUCCUCCCGGAAAAAACACAGACUCCCGUCAAGCCUCCUCUUGUUGUCGACGAAGACGACGCAGAGGCUGGCCCUCUCCUGAGAAACAGACCAACGAGCCCAGGCAGUUACGCAAGUGCUCUCGGAACCCCCAAACCAUUCUUCGUCCGCAUCAUAUACACAGUGAGAGCGCUUGCACGAUUAAUCAUCGGCCGGCGUAACUUCCAAAUCAUACUAGCAUCCUAUUUCCUGACCAAUCUUGCAAGCUCUGACACUAGGUUGCUCGUUCAAUACAUCUCGGCACGAUACGAGUGGAAAUUCGCACAGGCCGGCUACCUUCUCUCCGCCAAAGCCGUCAUCAAUAUCGUCCUCCUCACCAUCGUCGUCCCUCGAGUUAUCCGAGCCUCGAUGACCAACAAGAGCAUUCACGGCUCUGAAAACCGUCUCAACUUCCUGGGCGUAGAGUUUAGUAUUCUCGUAUCUAUCCUCGGGGUAUUAUGCAUUGCGAUGUCUUUCAAGAUCUGGAUACUCUUAGCUUCUCUCAUGAUAUAUGCCGUGGGCUCGGCCAAUUCCGUCUUUUUAUACUCUCUGGUCAAGUCGCCGCUUAUUGCGCUCCAAGAUGAGACAACGCAUGCGCAGGACUUUAGUAUCGUCAUGCUAACAAGGUCGCUUGGUGCUCUCGUUGGAGCUCCUUUGAUGACCCUGUUGUGGGUACAAGCCAUCAGGAUUGGUGGUGCUGGGCUGGGACUGCCUUAUUUCAUAUCCGCAUCUCUGUAUCUUGUCGCAGCCCUUGUAGUAUCCCAGCUGCGACUUUGA